AUGCAUGGUCUGGUGGCUGUGACGGUGUCAGAGGGCCACUUCUGGUGGUGUCAGAAGUCUCUAACAUUGGAUACCAAGUGUGAUGUUGUCCGUAAAAGGGGGCCGCACCCAGGCGCAGCUUGGUGCUUUGGUGAGGGUGUCCUGUCAGACAAAAAGGCUAAUUUUGAUGGCGAUGACUUUGAUGAUAUGGAAGGGGAUGAUGACUCUCUAUACAUGACCAAAUAUGAGUGAGCUCACAUGCUGGACACUCCGGCUCAUCAUGUAUGCCACUGGAUGGUGGACCCAGAGUGGGAGACAGAGCCUUGACUCACCUCCGUGAAGAAACUCAAGGCCUGAAAUAUCCUCGUCUUCCUUCACUGCCAUCUGCCAGCUGGGAGCUAUGAGGGCUGGGGUGGUGAGUGA